AUGUAGAAGGCCUUGUCUAAAUUUUAAUAUGUGUUAUUUCUGACCAAAAUUCACUCGAAAUACUUUGUGGUUGUAUUUCUCAAGAGAUUAUAUUUUUUAUAUAAUUUAUUCUUUUUGGAAGAUUUCUAGAAAGUCUUAUAAAUUUAAAUUUUGUUCCUCCCAAUUUCUAUUGAUUGAUUUUAUUUUUGGCUAUCGUUAUAAGAUUUUUAAAGUAAAGAACAAAAGGUUUGAAUUUCAAAAUUUCAAAAGAGGUAUUAUGGACCCUGCAUUAAUUAGAAACCAAUAAUAUGUUAUGUGGAUGCACAAAUACGAUAUUAAAGUAAAUCAAUCACAUAUUUUCUCCAUCAAUAGUUUGAUUAGGGGGUGAGAUUGCAAGUAAUUUGA